AUGAACUCGUCAAAUAAACCUCAGAAGCCGUUCAGUCGGAGUGCGGCGAAGCGGGAGAGCGUUAUGGCUCUUGGGAGUAUCGAGCAUCUACAGCACUAUUUCACGAAGACGGGUAUCGAAGCAAAGAAGUCAAGUAAGUCUGCCAAAGGAUUACAAGGACUAGUCCCGGUGUUUGGCGGGCUCACCCAUUCUCGCACGGACUCGACUGAAAGUAGUGUCAUCGAGCUUCCCCCUUCUCCCGCGAUUCCUCAGCAACCCGCCCCAUCGUUUCCGCCUUAUAUGUUGCAUUUGUCUGGCGAAUCGACCACCCGCUCCCCUCCUCAUGGCUCUCCCGAUCGGCUAGGUGUAGCUGGCGCAGGUGCUCCAGAUGUUGUAGAAGUUUUGACCAUUCUCAAAACGACAACGCGUGCCAUUCGAUCUGUCCGCAACUACCUUCUCUCACUCCCAGACGAGUCAGCUGGCACCAUCAGGGCCCAGUUCCGUUCUCGUCAUCUACCUGGGAGCUUUCGUCCCCCUGUCCCCUCAAACCUUUCAAAUUCUGCUUCCAACUCGGAUCUUCGCGCUGCCGCCAAUGCUGCAAAGGAGAAGGAAGCACGUGCGGAUCCUCUAGCUCUCAUCCGUAAAUCAGCAUUAGAGGUUCUCACUGUUCUUCGCGACAUGGAGGAGAAUAGUCGGCUACCACUCAGCGACGAUGCAUAUGAUGCCCAGAGUGACGGAGGAUCCAAAGGCGGUCAUUCACGCGUCGCCAGCCCUAGCACGCAUUCUGACGAUUUGUCACCGGAUGACGGGGAACACUAUGCACAUGAGCGUGACCCCGAUGUCUCUGUCGCGUUCUCGUUGGUGCAGGUUAAUGGUCAAAGUGUACCUGUCUGGGAGGAUGAAGAAGACACAUUUAACGAUAACGAUGACGAUGAGAAGGAGAAGAAGGAAGGAUGGGACGAGAAACUGGUGUUGGGAAGUGGAUGGCUAUAUCGUCAAGAUGUUCACCUCGAGGAUCUGGUCAAGGAGCGUGCGGCGGUAACAGCUUACCUUGAUGUUGUGGACGACGUUUUGUUCGAGGGCAAGAAUGUUGCUUCUUCACAAGGAGGCAAAAAGGAACGCGGCUGGGAGCGAGAGAGGAGGAAAGCGCUCGAGAAAGGCACUGUACGGUCCAAGAGUCGGGCCAAGAAGCGCACUGCGUCUAGAGAGCGUGGAGACCAUGAUCUACCGAGUAUCACACUUGUUCCUGCAGCAACAGGCGGUGAAAAGGCUCGCCGAAGAGUAUCUGUGGGCAUGUUCGAGAUGAUGGGCAGCCUCAGAGUGACAGAAGAGCCGGAGGAAAUGGAUGGCAUUGGCGAAGAGGACGAAGGCAGCGAUGAAGGUCUUGAAGACGAAGAAUUACCAGAGUGGGCAAGGAGAAGUUCGUUCAGCGGAAACGAUUUGGGUCGAGCACAUGCUUUGCUAACUGCGUUCCUACCACCACCCCUAAUAUCUUUUCUGGCCCCGCCUUCGUCUCGGUCAGCAUUUUUAGACUCUCUUUCCUCAGGGCAGCUUCUUUGCGUCGCAUACAAUAGUUGUGUUCGGAAGAGCAAGAAGCCGUGGGGUUACAUCAGCAGGGAUGGCAUUCACGACAUCAUCGCUUUGGAGCAAACAGCGGCAGCUGAGGGUGAAGAGGUCAAGAAGAGCUGGACAUUCAGAAGGAUUGACAAUCUUCGUUUAUGGGCUGGAGCCCUCAAAAUUCGAUAUCUCCUUCCAAUUGUCUCGCCUCCACAGCCGGGGACAAGUACCCCGAGUUCUGGCACUCCACUCAACUCCCCGUCUGCCAUUCACACCCAACGAUUCAACUCCGAACAACCACCUCUUAUGUUUGAUGCGAAAGUUGUCGCGCGUAAGGACCCAGGAUGGGAGGACAUUAUCGAGCAUGCACUCGUGCGAUGGAUGCACCGUGUCGUUGCAGAAAAACGAGGAGAAUCAUGA